CACCACUUGAAUUUGACAAUGAAAAGAUCCUGGUUGUUGUUCCGUACAUCGGGUCUUCUUGUGGGAUUGUCUGUUAAGUGUCAGUGGAUUGUGGGGCGUUUUUCAAGAUAUAAUAAGUGGGACAUAAGUCUGUAACGAAAUACACAACUUUCUCAUUCAGCCAAUGAAAGUUGAACUUGACUUAAAUUUCAAAACUGACGUCGGCAUUGCAUGACUGAAUUGACUCUAGAGGAAAGCCAUCACAGGAUUACGUUAUAAUAAUUGCUUAUAUUUACAACAAGAAAGCAUCUAGCUUAGUUACUUUACUUUUCAUAAAGAUUCGGUGAUUAGCUCAUACUGAGGGACUCGAGAGGUUUCUAUUGAACAAAAAAAUCGGAGAUGGUAAAAUCUAAUAAGAUGAGCUUUGGCUUAAUUUGCAUUUUCGUGAUGGUGUUUGUGAUUGAAGGUUUGUAUAUCAUUUUAAGCUGUUAGCCUUUGUAUAUUUUAAUGAUAUUUAUUGCAACAUUGAUAUAUCAUAUUUUGAUGAUAUCUGAUUUUAUUUAAGUACUAGCUGGGGCAACGCACACAUGAUAUAUGUUUAGAACACUGUGCAUUCCACGGUUAGAGAUCAUAUUCAAAAGUACUCCCAGGUACUUUUAAGGAUACUCACUCACUGCUUCAAAGUUGUUCAUCUAGAUGCUCUUUGGCGUGCGUUUGAUGCGUACGUGAGCAAUCGCACGACUGGGUUGGGCGUGGGAGGCAGCGAAUGAGAGCGCAGCACGGUGCGAAAUGAGUGUGUGGUGGACAGUAAAACAUUCACUCGGGAAUUAUUAUUGUACAUUCUUUUAAUACCAGUAAAAACAAAUUAAAAAAAAAACGAACUAAUAUGAAAUAAGCUGAAAUUGAUUUAAUUGCUAAUGCUGUGGGUUGAACAGUAAAUAUAAAUUUAUGCUAAAAACAAAUUUUUCAAAAAAAAAAAAAAAUUGAUUUGUUGCGAUUUUCGUUGUUGUUGGUUUGAAUUUUAAUUUAGAAAGUGGAAAGGGUGUGUGGUUGGGUGGAAGGGAGGCGGCGCUCACUCAUGGCCUUACCAUAUCGUCCACUCGGGUGUGUUGUUUUAUUACAAUGCUGUUGUUGUUCGUCUGUCGGGAGUCGACCAUGACCACUUUAAUCAUCAGGGUUUUUGUGCUGGUUCUGUCUGUGGGUGCGCAGAUAGCUCAUGAGGCCGAUUCUGGCACGAAAUUCUCUUGUGCAGUAGGUGCAGGGGAAUGAUGGCGCAUCCCCGGGAGCAGAUUCAGACCGGGCCUUCCUCGCAUGUCUCUUGCGCUCUGCAGCCGCUGUUCUGUCAACUUCAUGUUGCAUGGAGCUCCUGUGCCAAGUGGAAUGCCAUGAAGUUGGAUUCUUUGCUUGUGUCUGGGUUUCUGUUGAACGCUUUCAGUGAGGCCUUUAUGUUGUCUUUAAAGCGUUGUUUUCUGUCCGCCAGCAGACCGCUUUUACAAUGUUAUAACGGUGAAGACUCAACAUCCAGGGCAUCGUCAGAGAAGGCAACAACGUUUUAAAUCAAUCUCUUUUACAACUAGCUAAUACUAGCCCGUCAUUAGUUGGGGCUUUUUUAGUAAACUGUGAUCCGGGGACAUAAAACAACGGCAUUUUUUGGGUACUGGAUGUUUAGAUUUAUUAUUAAAAAUUUAGGAUGAAUUUAUCCUUUUACUUUUACCAUUUAAUCAUUUAACAUUUCCAUACAAAAAAUAAUGAGGAAAACCAUUCAAAACAACCUUAAAAGUAAUGCUAUACUAUUAUCACAAAUUUACAGCAUCAGACAUAUUACUGACAGCUGAGCCGGCCUCCAUCAAAGAUGGACUCACAAAGACACUGCAGAUGAAAUGUUCCCUCCAGGUAGAUAUGUAAUGUUAGUGUAAUAAUGUAGAAAAAAAAACGCGAAUAAGAAACACCAUUAACAAAAAAACUAAAAAUUAUUUGUUUUAAAAGAAAAUUAAUAACCCCCCCCCCCCACGGUUUUAAACGAAAUGAACUAAUUCGAUAAUUUAAUGACUCAUUUAAUCUAAAUAGAGGCCAUUCAAUAAAAAAAUAAAAAAAAAAACCCGAAAAAAAAAAACCAAUAAAAAAAAAACCAAAAAUUAUUUGUUUUAAAAAAAAAAUAAAAACCCCCCCCCCCCACGGUUUUAAACGAAAUGAACUAAUUCGAUAAUUUAAUGACUCAUUUAAUCUAAAUAGAGGCCAUUCAAGAUGUCAAAGAAUUUUCACCCUAUUGGAAUAUUGGAAUAUUAUAAGCAAAUCAAUUUUUUUCGCUGAUACAUUUAAAUGUGUUUGAAAGGGGCAGCGACCGGGGAUAUUUUUAAAGAGCACCAGUCUAAGCGAAUCACGUCCCAUACAUUAAAUGGUUUUCUUCAAUGCACAUAGUUCUGGAAUGGGUGAAGUGAAUGUACAUCCUAUUUUGUCUUGUUUUGUUUAAUUAAUGUAUCUUGAUUAUUUAAGUUCAUGAUUAUGUUUGUUUACUUGUAUGUACAGCGUGGUGAGCCCAGCCCUAGGCCGGGGUGCCGCGCUAGAGAAAAGCACUAAUAAUAAUAAUAAUAAUAAUAAUAAUAAUAAUAAUAAUAAUAAUAUAAUAAUAAUAGGUCAUGAGCUUAACAUCCAAAUGGGAGCCACCCCUUGUUGGGUAUUUUGUGGCAGAGAGCUAGAGCUCUUUCUACGGCAACGGAAACCUCGACUGCACUCUAUGAUAGAAUAGGAAGGGAUAAGUUACAACAUCAAUUAAGUCUCAAGCAUAACGUUUCUCCAACAAAGAAUGUUUUCAACAUUAAGUGUCUCCAACAUAGAGAUCUGCGUUUAAAAAUUAAAUUUUUAUUUUUUUUAGUUUUUCCUCGUUUUUGUCUUGCCAGAUUAAGAAGGCGUCUUGCCGUAACGAUCGUUUCACUGUCCUGUGUUUUUAUCUCAAGUCUAAACAUAAUCUUGCUCCGCAAUUUCCUUCACAUGGCUUGACUGCAGUCCCACUCAUAAACAAUAACCUCACCAGUUGUCAUGCGGGCCUAUUUAUUUCAUUUCACUUUUUCAAAACAACAACAACAACAACAAAAAAAAGAAAAUCUGUAUCCUAAAAUGAACGCUGGAACAAAACACAACAAUGCAGUCAACCAAAAUCUCUCACUUUAUUACCAGCACGCCCACCAAGGAGAAGAUGCUGCACACAGCAGAGCUGGGCUGUCGAAAAUGACUGUAAAUUCAAUCUCAGUAACACGAGGUAAUGUAGGUUCUUUCUGACACCUUGCGACCUCGUCAUGACUCAUGACGUGACACAGUUUUAACUUGUCUACCGUAUAAUCUCAGUUCAUUGUCUUUGAAUGCUAAGUUUUAUUGGAAUUAUUUCAUAAGCAAACGUAUGCUUCUUUCCUUGUUUGUUUUAACUGACUACAGUAAGGUUUUAGUUCAUUGUCUUUAAAUACUAAGUUUAAAAGGCAUUAUUUCAAUAUAUAUAUAUAUACAGAGAGAGAGAGAGAGAGAGAGAGAGAGAGAGAGAGAGAGAGAGAGAUAUAUAUAGACAUAUAUAAAUAUAUAGAUAUGUAUGUAUCUUUGUAUGUCUAUAUGCUUUUUUCCGUGUAUGUACGUACAUCCUUGAUAAACAAUUGUAACUUUUAAGUUUAUAGUUAUAAUCACAGUUAUAAUCACAGUUAUAAUCACAGUUAUAAUCACAAGCAGCAAAUAGAUACAUUUCCACCCUGCUGUUGCUGAAAACAAUCCUUUCAGUGUACUCAUAUGUGAACACUCUCUCUAAAUAACAAGAUUACUUUUGAUGAUUGUUUUCAGAUGACAAGACCACGAUCGCGUCGAUUUCAUCUCGGCAGCCGGCCGUUGCGUCAGCAGACAUGGACACUCUCACGGUCUGUGGUAAUUUAACUCCUGGCGUGGACUCCAGCUAUCUGCAGCUGACGUGGGCCAAGCCGGGGAUACACCAGGCCGGGAUCUACACGUGUACGAUCAACGCGACCGACAAUGCCGGCCUGGAUUUCCUGUACAAAUCGAAUACUUACAUAUGUCACCAGCGUCCUAACGAAGAGGACAUUAUCCAGUAUAUCAUCGAAUUAGAGGACAGACUCUCGCAGACCGAAACUGAAGUGCAAGAAUGCGGAAAAAGUUUAAAGACUGAGCUCACAGCCAUCCGACUGUCAUUGAACAAUUCACAAUCUUACUUGCAGGGGCAGAUUGACAUCUUGAAGGCCCAGGACGCAGCCACCGCCGAGGCUCUGAAAAGAUUGGAGACGGGGGCAUCCGCUCUUCGCACCGACCUGACGGCGAUACAGAACUCACUUGACAGCUACGUCGCGGAGGAGGGGCUUGUAAACUUUGGAAGCUCCCCGAGUUUUCAACCCGCCGGAGAAUACAACUUGAGAAGCCGCGUGGUGUAUGUUAAGUUCACCAAAACCUUCUCCAAGCUGCCGACCGUCGUGUGCAAUUUGCAGGCGAUGGAUGCGGACAAAGGAACCAACACAAGAUUCAGGUACUAUAUCCGUGACCUGACGACCGCCGGGUUUAACCUCCACUGUGAGACGUGGUGGGACACGCUCCUGCACGGGAUCGAUAUCAAAUGGAGAGCGUCGAUACCCUAAGGCACGGGGGAAUGUUGUUUCGUGGCACGGAGAAGGAGAGAGUUCACCGAUAAAGCAAUGAAGUGAAGUGGGAGAGUAUCAUCCCCUUGAUAUAUUCACACUUAUUUACUUUAUAGAUAUUAUUUUAAUAUAAACCCAUACACACUUUAAUCAAAAAUAAAAUUAAUUUAAACCAAAUGGAACUGGACUCAAACAGCAGGAGGGUAGCAAUCAUACAUCCAGAGGGCAACACGUUUAGUCAGAGGGUAGCAAUCAUACAUUCAGAGGGUAGCAAUUAUAUAGCUGGAGGACAGUAAUCAGAUACCCACAGGGCAGCCUUCAUAUAACUAGAGGGAAGCAAUCAUACACCCACAGUGCAGAAAUAAUUAGUUUUGGCUAUCCCUUCCUUAAAUUUCCCCACCAACUGAUAUCUAAUUCAUAGGUGUUAUUUGGAUAUUAUUUAGGAUUCUAUUUAUAUAUUAUUUAGGUGUUAUUUGGGGAACAUUUAGAUGAUAUUCAGAUAUGAUUAAGUGUUAUUUAUGUGUCGUUUUGUGUUGUUAAAAUGGGAUGGAAUUAACGCAACACUCAAUGUACCGACAUUAUUAUUAUUUUUAUUUGAGCCUUGAAUUAUUUAGACAUCGCUUUGUUGUGCAUGGAACAUUUAAAAAACAACAAUUAAAAACAGCAACUCGAGCUCAAAGUCUAUUUUAUUUUCUUGUCAGCUUUUUUUUUUCUGUUUCGUAUCCAUCUUUGAUACAAACUAUCAAUUCUUUACUAUCGUUUGUCUAGUUCUUUUUUGUUUUAACGCCCCAUAUACGAAUCCAAUAAAUAAAAGGAUAGUUAAAAUUGGUGCCAGUCAUGGCACUACCUUGAUUUGCUAGCUCACCAUAAUUCUUAGGACCUGGUUACGCCCGUGAACGUCAUCUCAGUUGUAAAAUAUAGGGAGCAGAACACCCCCGUGUGAUAUAAAAUUCAGCAGUUGGAAAGGUUAUCCCAGAAUCAUUAAAUACAAUCUUCGAUUAAAUGAGAAAUUAAGGAACACUUUGGAUUAAAGCAGAUCCGCAUAAACGAAAUUUGCCACGCUAAGUUGUUGUUACAUUUUUAAAAGAGGUUGUGUCAUGCGGUUUUAGCAAAAAAUGAAUAUGUUAAUUACUUCCGCGUAAUAAGAUGUAUGUCUUCUUUGGAUUGGCGGCUUAGUAAAGUGAAGUCGGCUGCUGAAUAGGGCUAGAUGUAGCCUAACACUACAGUGGUGCUUCGGGUUACGAACUUAAAUUGUUCCAGAACUCGAUUCCUAACCCGAAAAGUUCGGAGCCCGAAACAUUGAAAUCAAUGAAAUACAGAUGGUCCGUUUCAAGAUAAAG